GCUCCACUGGCACAUUUUGUUGGAGAUGAUUGUCAGUCUUUAGCACCAAGCUCAGAACAGCAACAGGGGGUUCAGGGACUAUGCAUUCUGGGAAGACGGUCAAGUUCAUCGUGUAUGAGGUGCUGCAGUUUGCAGCUCUGAUCGUACCAGUCUUUGUGAUAAUGGAGAGGCUUGCCAGCCUCAUACGUGAUGUGAGAGGAUGGGAUCUAACGGCAUACUGGCUUGUGGUGGCGGUUUCUAUCGCCUACGUCACCUCCGUGACCCUGCUGGUGUGGGUCCCUCUCAAAUAUCUGAUCAUGAGGCAACGGAGGUUCAUCACAGAGAUCACACAGUGGAGACCGACAGCGCUGGCGUAUCUCAUCUUGUGUACACUACCAUGCUUUGCUAUUUUAAUCGCCAGCUCCAAGGUGCAGGUGGACGGAGGACUCAGGCUCGACCAUUUUGCUGAGUUGCCAGUUUCCUUGGUGCUUUUCUCCCUUAUCUGUGUGGAUAUUAUAGAGAGGAUUCGCCCCUGCAAGCUCACUGGAAAAACACACAGCCUGGAUCCCGACUUUGACAUGCCAGGCCCCACCCUCACCCACCUGGAACAGGUGACCACAGUAUCAGGCCAUCUGCGCACUGAUGAGGGCCAGAACGGCUUGACCCAAGGUCACCCAGAGGCCAGAAAUGGCAGUGCCUCAGGCAGAUGGCAGGAAACUUCUGGCUCACCCAGCCACUCGACUCCCAGCUCACGAGCACCCAGUGCAGCCUACCUGUACUCAUCAUCCUUGCGUCCUCGGUCCUACUCUGGGCCUCUAGGCUUCCUGUGGAGGAGGGAUGGGAGGUCAGAGGUGUUUGUGGAUAGUUUCCUGUUCUGGUUAGACACUGCUGAGAUGGUGAGAGUAGCAGGAGAGCCAUCUGUCUUCUACUCACCCUGGGUGUUCCCUGUCUAUAUUCUCGGCUUCCUGUCCACUUUACGUGUGGUCAUCACUCCUCACAACCCUUUAUUGUCUUUUGCAGGAUUUGCUCUACAGGACCUUCCUUUCUUUAUCAUUCGGGUCGCUCUCAUUGCUGUGUUUGGUUACGUGACACCCGUGUUAUACCUGCUGAAAAAUGCGCUGGUGAGCUUGACAUUUAUCUACUUUACAUUCCUCAGCAAGCUGAGAAUAUUCAAAAGGCACAGCAUGUUUUGAGGAGGAGUGGUACAUUCUGCUGUUAAUGAAAGGUUUGCUUUGAUUGUGGAUGCUUGAACAGUUGGUAUAUUUAUGUGUAGGGAGCUGCACCACAGUGCCUGUACUGGUGAUGAGGACCAGCAUGUUUUGAAUGGUAAUGUCUGCAAAUGAAUUGAAAGGCCAUUCAUUCAAAUCAAAAUGUAGAAAUGAUUCUGAAUUUAGAACAAAAAAGUGUGUAGGUUUGAGUGUACAAUAAGCCAGCUACUCUUGUUUUAGUGUGCGUAUUUGAAUCCAGAUGUAUUUAUUGAUACUUAAGUUUAUGUGUGUAUGCUACAGUUUUCUUUAUUUUUAUUUUUUUUUAUCUGGACCACAGUUGUUAACAUACUGCACUGAUUGAUGGAAAAGUAUUUGUUCAUUCGGCAUUUUGAAGCAUUUACAACAAAGUUAACUAUAUUAAAUAAAAGUCCUUUGUUUUAACAUUUUAAA